CAGCUACCAGUCAGUGUGGAACGUUCUAUUGGGUGUGACAAUACGAGUGAACGAUUUGGAUAACGAUUCUUUCGAGUACGAGAAUUGAACGAUUAAUACUUUGAAAGUUUGAAGAUGGGACUCUCGAGAGCGCAGCACUUGCUGCUCCUCGCGGUCGUUUUGGCGGUAAUUGUACAAACAACACACAGUUCACAGACCGUCAGGAGAAGACUGAGGCGGCCCACGAGCGCGGCAACGAGCGCAGCAAACAAACUUAGGGGUGACCAAGAAACAUCAGCGAGUGUAAACAGAUUCAAGGUGAGGACGAGGGAAAGGGUGGUCCCAGCUGUGCUGCAGAGGAAAUCUAGCAGCGUAGCGUCCAGCAAAGACGAGAGUAGCAGUGGAUACAAGGUUGUCUGCUAUUACACCAACUGGGCCCAGUACCGUACGAAAAUCGGGAAAUUCGUCCCUGAAGACAUUGACCCCGACCUCUGCACUCACAUCAUCUUUGCCUUUGGGUGGUUGAAGAAGGGUAAACUUUCAAGCUAUGAGAGCAACGAUGAAACCAAGGACGGCGUUCCGGGAUUGUACGACAGAAUCCACAACCUCAAAAAAGCCAACCCCAAGUUGAAAACAUUGCUUGCCAUAGGAGGAUGGUCUUUUGGAACACAGAGGUUCAAGGAACUAGCAGCCACGAGAUACUCUCGCCAAACAUUCAUCUACUCAGCCAUCCCCUUCCUGCGAGCAAGGCACUUUGAUGGUCUGGACAUCGACUGGGAGUACCCCAAGGGAACAGACGACAAGAAGAACUACGUCUUGCUGCUCAAGGAACUGAGGGAGGCUUUCGAAGCAGAAGCACAGGAGAAGAAGAAGGCUCGUUUGUUGUUGUCUGCAGCCGUUCCUGUUGGUCCCGACAAUGUGAAAGGAGGAUAUGAUGUGCCUGCUGUUGCCAGCUACCUGGAUUUCAUUAACUUGAUGGCUUAUGACUUCCACGGCAAGUGGGAACGUGAGACGGGCCACAACGCACCACUGUACUCUCCGUCCAGCGACUCAGAAUGGCGUAAGCAACUGAGUGUAGACAAUGCAGCCAAGAUGUGGGUUCGACUUGGAGCCCCUAAGGACAAGCUUGUUAUCGGAAUGCCCACUUACGGCCGAACAUUCACUCUGUCCAACACCAACAACUUCAAGGUUAACUCUCCAGCCAGUGGUGGUGGAAAGGCUGGUGAAUACACCAAAGAGGCAGGCUUCUUGGCAUAUUACGAGGUUUGUGAGAUGCUGCGGAACGGAGCCACUUACAUCUGGGAUGAUGAGAUGAAGGUCCCCUACGCAAUAAUGGGCGACCAGUGGGUGGGCUUUGAUGACGAGCGGAGCAUCCGGCACAAGAUGGGAUGGAUCAAGGAGAACGGCUACGGGGGUGCCAUGGUGUGGACAGUGGACAUGGACGAUUUCUCUGGAACUGUAUGCGGAGGCGAUGUCAAAUACCCGCUGAUUGGAGCUAUGAGGGAGGAGCUGCGAGGUAUCAAGCGAGGACCGAAUGCGCAAGACAUUGACUGGAGCAAGGUAGCCAACUCUGUAGCUCUGGAGACUGUCACCAAGCCUGUGCCUAUCAAGAUCCCGGUCAGUGAGCUGCUUAACAAGGUGAAGGGAGUCAAGCCUGCGACCACCUCUCUACAGGUCACAUCCAUCAACAAGAAUGAGCGACCAGCCCAGGUGUUCUGUUACAUGACCAGCUGGUCCAAGAAGCGUCCAGGCGCUGGUAGGUUCACCCCGGACAAUAUAGAUGCUUCACUCUGUACCCAUGUGAUCUACGCCUUCGCUGCACUGAAGGAUCACAAGCUGGCAGAGGCUGAAGACAAGGAGAAGGAGGAGGAGAGCGAAGGAGAGAGAUACAAGCAGGUGGUUGCGCUGAGGGAGAAGAAUCCUGACCUUAAGAUCCUCCUGGCCAUUGGAGGUUGGGCGUUUGGCUCGUCUCCCUUCAGAGAACUGACCAGCAACGUGUUCAGAAUGAACCAGUUUGUCUACGAAGCCAUCGAGUUCCUGCGAGAGUACAAGUUUAAUGGAUUAGAUGUUGACUGGGAGUACCCUAGGGGAGCUGACGACAGAGCAAGCUAUGUAAACCUAUUGAAGGAGCUGCGUAUGGCAUUUGAAGGAGAAGCCAAGAGUUCUGGCCAGCCAAGAUUGUUACUGACAGCAGCAGUGCCAGCCAGCUUCGAGGCUAUUGCCGCUGGUUACGACGUGCCUGAGAUCGCUAAGUACCUGGACUUCAUCAAUGUGAUGACUUACGAUUUCCACGGACAGUGGGAACGCCAAGUUGGUCACAACUCACCGCUCUACCCUCUUGAGAGUGCUACAGCCUACCAGAAAAAACUGACAGUUGACUACAGUGCCAGGGAGUGGGUAAAGCAAGGCGCACCUAAGGAGAAGCUGAUGAUUGGAAUGCCGACCUACGGACGAUCCUUCAGUCUCGUUGACCCAACCAAGUUUGACAUUGGGGCACCUGCCUCAGGUGGGGGUACUCCGGGCAAGUACACCGGGGAAGCUGGCUUCAUGAGCUACUACGAGGUUUGUGAUUUCCUCCAUGGAGAGAACACCACUCUAGUCUGGGACAACGAACAGCAAGUUCCAUUCGCAUACCGAGGAGACCAGUGGGUCGGCUUUGAUGAUGAGAGAUCACUCAAGACCAAGAUGGCUUGGCUGAAGGAGGAAGGAUUUGGUGGAAUAAUGAUCUGGUCUGUAGACAUGGACGACUUUAGAGGAAUGUGCGGCACAGGGAAGUAUCCGUUGAUCAACGCAAUGAAACAGGAACUGGAGGACUACAGGGUGAAACUAGAGUAUGACGGACCUUUCGAGACCUCAGUAUCCAGUGGACAGUACACCACCAAGGACCCCACAUCAGUGACAUGUGAGGAGGAAGACGGCCACAUAUCCUACCACCCUGACAAGGCUGACUGUACCAUGUACUACAUGUGCGAGGGAGAACGGAAACAUCACAUGCCUUGUCCCAGCAACCUCGUGUUCAACCCCAACGAGAACGUCUGUGAUUGGCCAGAGAACGUGGAGGGAUGCACGCAACACACGCAAGCUCCGCCCACCAGUAGGAGAUAGAGGAAUGGAGGGGCGGGAAGGUUUUAGAGUGACGAGCGAGUUGCGUAACAUGUCUUGGAAGGGUAGUAUUGUCAUGUCCUCUUGGAUGGAAAUUUCAAAAUAACUGUCUAUAAUAGAUGGUUUCGGUUUUACAGUUUUCUUAGACAUUGGAGUAUGAAUAAAAAUGUUUGAAGUUGGUCGUAGAUCAUUUGGAGGUAUUAAAAGGUUUAAAAUCUUGAAAAGUUCCGUUUGAGAGAAAUCGAAUUUAAAAAAUAGUAAUAGUUAGGGGGAUUUUUUUCCAUACAUUUUUAACAUUUUGUGUUUUUACGAUUUCAUGCAAUUAAACAUGAAUUGAAAUGGUAUUUUUUGGUUUUAGUAAAUAAAAUAAAAUAAAAACUAUUAUAUAACAUUGAAAAAUGGAAUUUUAUGUCUGAUGAUUAUCAACAAAUAGUUUAUUUGCGCUAGAAUUGCAUUUAAAAAUUCAAUAUAAUACCUUUAUUGCAAUAACUGCGGCUUUUUGAGUUCUUCGUUCUUAUGUGCCUUAAGAAAGUUGAGUUUAACUUUUGCAAAAACAAUUUUUUGGGACUAUUCUUUCACAAGCUUUUAUCAGAAAUAUUGAGGAAUAAAAUUGCAAAUGGUUAGAAGAGAACAGUGUGCCAUGGAUGAGUAGUUAAGAUAAAACUCGAUGCUCAACAAACCUACUGAAGAUUUCCCGCACACCCUAAGCAAAACUUGUACAAAUGUGUGUAGAUUAUAUAUUGUUUUGUAUAAAACUGGAAUUGUUGCGUUUUACAAAAAUGUAAACCUUAAGUAAAUUAAUUGUAAAAUAAUUUAUGUCAAAGUGUUUGUGAUCUUUUUUUAACUAUCUUGAAUUCAUUACCAUAGCUCCUUUUAUACGUUUAUAUUUAUUUCAUUUUGCAUCCCUAUGGAUUACGCUGAUUAAUGUUGAAAAUUGUUUUGUAUUAGGAGCUUAGGCCUCAGUUGUGAUGAUUUACCAUGCAUUAUCCGUACCAUAAUAUAUUGUUUAUGAAAGAUAUAUGUGUAAAUAUUCUUAUAUAUAAAAAGUAGUAAAGACUU